UGCUGCUCUCUUAAGUUCCCACCUUUCUAUGGAUCCACCUCCUUCUCCUUCUUCUUCUCUUCAACCCCAAAUCCCCGCCGUCCAAUCCGCCACCGACCGUCAUGAAAGCUCAACUGCCGCCGUCGAAAAACCCAAGAAGAAUAAAGGGAAGAAGAAGAAGCUGUUCAAGGAGGGUGCUUCCGUCUCGUCGUCCUCCUCCUUCUCUGCUUCGACUUCAACUUUGGGGUUCUCCGUCAGAGGAGCCCCGCGCGUGGCGUGCAAGCGCCGAGGGCAGAAGGUGGUUGUCAAUGCGGCGCGGCGGAAUCCUACUUCCCACGAUGUAGGAUUUCGGUUGGGGAUGUCAAUGGCUUUGGUUGUUAACCAGAUUCUGGAAAGGAAUGGUGAGCGAGGCGGAGCGAUGUCCUCUGAUUAUCUUGCUAAGAUGUGUGCUUCAGCUGUCAGAAACUCUCUAGCAAAUGAUUUUGGGAACACGUUUGAUUGUUUGAUCGAGAACUUUCAACAAUCAUUUGGGAGCACCUUAAGAACUCAAAAGUCAAUCAAAGAAUCAUCCGAAGAUAGCACAGGAUAUAUCUCGAGCAAGCGAAAAAUGGAAGAAUAUAGUCCAUGUGUCACUCAUGACGAAGAAGAUGACUGUCUAAGAAGGGAAGAUUGUGGAAGCAGUUACAUUACAGAAGAUUUUCACUCAAGAGAGGUGACCUACACUAGUGCAGCUGAGGGCCGAUUAAAUUAUAGAGAGCAAUUGCAUCAGAUUAUGCUGCCAAACCCUGUUAACCUGGAAGUUGCCCUGCAUGGCCAAACCAAUCAAUUGACUGGUAUUCGCAGGAGAACAGUUGGAUCUGUGGCAGACCAAUCCAUGCUUGACACUUAUAAGCAUGCUAAUGAACUGAAGGAGCGGGAGCUUUGUCUGAAGGAAUGUGAGCUUGGUAUAUCAUUGAAGAAUUUGGAGUUGAAAGGCGAACGUGUAGCUCAAUGUUAUGAUUCAAAUAAUCUGGAGAGAUUAAAUAUAGCUUUGGGCAGAUCAAAGGCAUCCUUCAAAGCUGAAAAAUUUAAGACGCAAUUAGAAGACACAAGACACUCUGAGCUCCUUAGAAAGUGCAUCGACUGUCUAGUUGCUGGAAUAUUUGUUAUGGCUGCAGCCCUGUUCUAUGGUACUUAUGUGUAUUCAUACAGAAGAAUUAGGGAAGCCACUGCAUCCUGUACACCUUCAAAGGAUGAAAAGUCUUGGUGGAAUCCCGUGUCAUCUUUCAAUUCCAGGUUUCAAGUUCUAAGGUGUCAAGCUGUGGCAGUGAGUCGGAUGGUGUUUGGUUUGUUCAUGAUUUUAGUAAUUGCUUAUUUGAUCUUCCAGCGGUCAGCAGAUUCAAAACAGACAAUGCCAGUUACUUUUAUAAUCUUGAUGUUGGGAAUUGCAUGUGGUUGGGCCGGCAAGUUUUGUGUAGACACAUUGGGAGGGAGUGGAUAUCACUGGCUUAUAUAUUGGGAGACUCUAUGUAUCUUGCAUUUCUUCUGCAAUGUCUUUACUUCAGUUUUGUUCUAUAUCCUGCACGGACCUGUUGAUGUGUCUCCAGGGACAAAAGGAAAUUUACUAUUUCCGUACUGGAUACGCAGAUUGGUGUUCUACAGUGUUACAUUCCUGUUUCUGCCGCUGUUUUGUGGCCUUUUGCCUUUUGCGAGCCUUGGUGAAUGGAUGCACCAUAUUUUCCAAAAUUUGAAGCUCUUCUCAGACCCCUCUGAAACUGGCUUUCAUCCCGAGUUAUAAACACCGGAUACCAGAAGCAACAAGGGACAGAUUUGAUUGUCAGUAAUUUAAGGUAUUUCCUUCAAGCAUCAGUAAUUUGAGGGCCAUUAUGUGCUCUUAUCAUUUUGAAUCCGAUGAAGUUGGAGGGAUUUGCUCACAGGAGUUGGGUUUGGGUCCUUCAUUGUGUCUCUACAUAAUUUGAUGAAGUUGUAAAGAUCCUAAAUAUGUCUCAUGUCAAGCUGUGACUGUGGCCUAAAAUAGCAGCUUGCAUUGUAAUAUAUCUGUUGUAUCAGUAGCCAUUUCGUGUAAUAGUAAUUUAAAGGGGGCCACUUCCUGUUGCUAUCACUUUUAGUUUAGUGAAGUGAGUGUUGGAUGGCCCCGAGUGAAGAUAAGAGAUUUAUUUGUAAUUAUCAGAAAUGAUAAUGAUGUUUUGAUCGAUAAAGAACUAAAAUUAUCUC